AUGGCUGACUCAAGAGAUGACAAUUCUAAGGAAAAUAAUCAACCGAAUCGAGAGCCCAUCCGAAUUCUUUCUGCUGCGGGUGUCCUCAGUUUAUUUGAAUUGAAAAUAUAUAUUUUUUUCCAGAAGCUGAACCCGAAAUUCGCGCUUAUUUAAGGGACAAAGGAAGCAAUGCGCAACGCUUGGCUAGAGGUUCGAAAUUCCCUAAUUUAUAAAUCUUCUUGUAUCUCUAUUUUUUUCACUCAUAUUUUCGCUUGAAAACAAAACUUUUUUUAUUAGAUGAUGAUUAAGAAAAGAUUCAGUAAGAUUUUUUUAUCAUGAUUAAGAAAGUGUAUAAUUCACAUGUAAAAUUAUAAUUUCAAUUUGAAGGGGAAUUUCAGAAAAAAGGUUUCGUUUCUGAUGCUCCUUCUUAUUUUUCGGUCCCGACUACUUUGCCGCUGUAAGGCGAAUUGUAAGUUCGUGUGUUUUUCUUGUGUCAGUUCUUGAGGCUUUUGAGCCAGGCUCCGGACAAAAUUUUCACCGAAAAAUUAUAUUCGCUCGUCAGUUUUCACUGGAAAAAUGGACCGGAAAAAAGAUUUUUGUCAUAAAAAAGUGUGAUAAAUGAGAAAACUAUGCUCUUUGGGAGCGGGGCAGGCCGUUUCUGGUUAGGGCCUCGCUAGGGCCUGGUCGGUCUCAGAAAACGCCGGCGGUCUAAUAUGCUUACGGGCCGGCCCGCGCACAAACCUGGUUUCUAUGGAUCCUUAAAAAAACAUUGUUUUUUUGAAAAAAAUUGAAUCAACUUUCUUUCUCAAAAAAAAUAUAAUUUUUUUCGGUUUCAGAAUUUUUGAAGCUUCCUUAAUUUUUUUAAAUUUAGGCAAUGGAUGUACCUGCGCCUGGAGAUUUUGACCUCAUGCGAAUGGAUGAAGUUUAUUUUCCUUUUAUUUUACUUUGAGAACAAGUAUCAAUUCAAAAAACUGCCGAAAUAAAGUUUUCCCGAUUUUAAAGAUGAGGCGUUGCGUGUGCGACGCGGCUUUUGGCAAGAAACUCGAGGUCAAACAUGAGUCACCAUUUUCCCAUUUCUUGAUAGAGCUGCUGAUCAGAUCGGGGCGCCCCGGUCACACUGUUAUAGCCUAUUCCGCGCCAGCUUGUCACGUUUUUCUUUCCGCAAAAAAGACCGUAUACCAAAUUAGAUAAAACUUCUGCUUUUAUAACGGCAAGAAACAAAGGUCUUGAAGCGAAAGUUGGUUAAAUUUGACCUGGCCUUUUGGCGGAAAGAAAACCGUGACAAGCUGGCGCGGAAUGGCCUAUAGAAGAUUUCUCCACAGUUACUCAAUCACAUAGUCUGUGUACCACGACUUGAAAUUUCACGGAACGACAUUCCGCUGUUCCGCUGCGUGCGGUCGCAAAGCGUCUUUCGAAUCUAGGCCACGCUUUCAAUUGUUUGUUAUUGCUGUGGGAUGACAUGAAAACAGAGUACCUUAAUAAAAGAGAGAAAAAAAAAAUUAAUAGCGCGAUCAAGGUUUGCAAAGGCGCGCAGCGGCACAGCGGAAUGUCGUUUGGUGAAAUUCCAAGUCGCGGUACACAGGCUAUAAAAAAAUAAUAAAAAAACUUAUCUUUUUUUCUAAAUUUUUUUGAAUUUAGCUCGAGAUGCCCGCCAAAAAGUCCUUUUUUUCAAUCAACCCAUAGAAAUGUUUCGGCAUUUUUUUAACCUGAUUUUUGAUCCUUUAUUUCCGAUAAUUUAUCCAAAAAUUCACCCUAAUUUUCUCAUUUCAGGUGGAUAACUCCUCUCCAUAUUGCUCGGAUGAGUUCAUCCGGAACGGAAUAAAAAAGGUUUUUUCGACUUCCAUGGAGUAUAUUGGAAGGGAGUUUUUUCAGCUCCGAGGUACUCCCUACAUGGAUUUUUCUUCUCUUUUGCGGGGAAGCGUAUGAAGCUGCAUCGGCGUCUUCAUCCCACAGGUUCUUCUCGAUGAAAAAAAUUAUCUUUUUUUCUAACAAUUUUUCCGAAUAGGCAAAUUUUUUUAGGGAUAUUGCGAAAAAAAUAAGAAACAUUAAUUUUUCUUCAUAGAAAAAAAAUAUAAAGUUUUUUUGAUCUAUGGAAAUUUUUUUACUACAGUUUUUUUAUGGAUUUCUGCUAAGAAUAAGCUUCAAAAAAUUUUUUCGUCAAAAGUGAAGUGUUUGUAAAGUUUAUGCUUUUUUUAAGAAAAACCGUUUCGAAAAAAAAUAAUUUUUCAAAGUUUUUUCGAAUUUUUAAAAUAUACUCUUGACGAUGAAAUUUGUGAAACGCCAUCUUAUCAUGAUAAAGUUUUGAAAAUGAUGAAUAGGUUGAGAGAAAAAUCGAGUUUUUCAAAUUUUUAAUGAGGAUUUGAUUUCAGAGAUAGGAAUUCCGAGGUUGAUUCGUUAUCUGCCCAAAGGGACAAUUUCCAAGCCUUGAAUCGAAAUUUCUUUAAAAAACCAACGGAUGAAGCGGCGAUAUUUAAGGAGAUUGACGAUUUCGCGGCGAGAAUCGAGCCUUUUUUGGAGUUUGUUUGGACUUAUUUUUGAAAAAUGUGCUGUUUCUGAUCCUGAUUUUCGAAGGGAGAUUCGAUUUAAAAGAUGUUUCUGUCUUCAAAUUGAAAAAAAAUCCACCUUCUUGGUGUCCGUAGGUCUUAGGAUUUGAUAGUAGAGCGCAUGUUGUUCAAAAUAAAAACAUGGCUUUUCAGCAAAAUCACAAAAAGUUUGUCUGUCGGAGUCCGUCCGUUGGCAGAGUUCCUCGGCGUCGCAGAAUCUUUUCUCGAAAGGGAUCAGCUCAAUCGAUUUUGUUGUGAAGAGGUGAGGGGACUAAUUGAUGAAAUAAAUUCAAAAAGUUGCAAAUGGGAAGAAAAUUGGCGAAUAAUAUACUUCGAAAUAUUAAUUCCAUAUUUUAAAGAGUUCUAAAUAUGUGCUUCAAAUUCUUUAAAAAUCGGUGUUUCUUGGAAAAAAAAAUCGUUUUAAGUUCGUAAAAGGCACCGAGGGAUAGAUAUUCACACAAUUUGCUUACCGUAAUCUAAUAUUUAUAACGGCUGAUUCUAAUGGCCAAAACACAGCUCUGUUCUAAUACUCUAACAAAAAUGAGGGUUUACCCCGCAGUGAACCCCGAAAAAAGUGAACUUUUGGUUGAUGUUUGCGCUGCACCCCGCGUUGGAACUGAAUGGGGUGAACCCCUGGGGCAACCGGUCGGAAAUAAGAAGUUUUUUUUUGAGCUAUCGUAACUACCUAGGAUGAAACGGUACAAAAUUGUGAUAUUGGAAAACAAACCACUUCGAAAUCCUGUAUGGAAAAAGUACCUUAAUAGGCAUUUGAAGCUAAACAGGGUGCACCCCUGGUUACACUGCGGGGUGCAACGAGAGUCCGACGCGGGGUGCACCACAACUUUUGUUAGAGUAGGAAACUUUCAUGAUAGACAUUCUGAUUCAAACAGUAGGAAAAUGAGGAACAAAAAGUACAAUAAAAUAAAGAAAAAUGAUUCGUUUUUACCAUAAGUCAAGCUUUACACUAAAAACACUUGUUUUUAUAAGUCUGAAUUAAAGUUCAGAUCGGAAAUUUUCAAUAAAUCGACUUAUUCUAAAUUCUUAAAUGUUCAUGUUAUUCAAAAAAAAAAAUCCAUUAUUUCUUUCAGCUGUUACAAGGCUCUGUCGCCUAUUUCACCCACUUCACCAAGAAUAAAUCCGUCAAGUCUCGCUUCAAAUUUCAAAUCAAGUCCGACGGCCGGUUCUUCACGAAGGUGGAUAAUUGAACUUGACGCGGAAUUAUUAGCAAUUUUUCAGGUCAACACAACGAAGACUGGCCCUUUGAACCAAGCUCUCUAA